CUCUCUUUGGCAGUCUGCUGAGAAGUGUGAAACAUGAGACAUGUUUGUGCUUGUUUUUAAAUCCAAAAUGUCAGCAACCAACCUGCAGGUAACUUCUGCCAAGGUAGGCUUUAAAAAGCCUUAAUGAUGGGGAAUUAGAAAUGCUGGCCAAGGGGAAAGAGGCGCAGUGCCUUGGUUCUGUGGUCCAGGAGGAAGCGAAGGGCUGCUUGGCCCCGAUCCCUGCAGCAGGAGCAGCAGCAGUUGGGCUCUGGAAUCAGAACCGCGAUUGAACAGCGCCUUUUGCGGCCAUGGGCUCUGGGAGCAGCCGGAGAUGGAGAGCGGCCCGGAGGCAGAGCCCAGGCAAGGAGGAGGGGGAAGGGCGACAAGAAGCGGAGCCUGUCCCUGAGAGCCUGCCCAAGGCCUCCCCGGCCCGGAUCUUUUGCCCCCCGGCGCCUGACCCGGAUCUGGCGCUCCUGGAGAAGGUCCUGGAGGAGUGCGGCUCCGUCGAGGAGGAGCAAGAGAGGCUCUCCCAUAUACCUGCCUCGCUGCUUCUGCGCCUCGACGCCGGAGACGCUUCCUGCCACCGCCUGCCAAGGGGCGCGCCAGAGGCCAAAGAGGAGCCCAGAGUCUCUCCAGCAAGAUCUAUCCCAGAGAGCAGCGAUUUUACCAACCAAGUCCCACUCAAGAAUCCUGACAGACCAACCAAAAUAGCUUACGAUUACUCUGAAGAGGAGCUGAUGGCAACAAUCGAACAGGAAUACUUCCGCUGAAACCAGGCCAGGCAGUACCAGCUUGACUCUGAAAGAGAUCCCUAUGCAGCAGGAUAUAUUUACAUGGCAGUGUUUCUCAGAAAAUUAGGAAGAGGAAGGAAAGCCACACUGAGCAAGAGGGGCUGCUGUUACUGGCAGAUAGACUGGUGGGAUCUUUCUUCUGUUGACAACUUGACCAAAAAAAUGGCAUCUGCAGGACUCUGCAACGGUAUUUGGCCAACCACGAGGUAUAUGUAUGUGACAAGGAGAGACUUCCAAAACAAACAUGCACAGACGGUUAAGAGUUUAGCUGAUUUCAUACACUUAGAAAAGCAGAAGAAACAACAGUUUUGUUCUCAACGUCUUAGAAGGCGUGCAGCAAAGGGCCACAAUACUUGCUUUGGACUGGGUGCCUACAAAUAGUGACUUCUCUUCCUAAGAAAUAUGGGUCUGUUCAACCACAGAACACCAAUCUGCACAUUAAAAUGUAUAUGACAUACAGGCAUUGAUUUCUUGGUAGAUAUGGAUUUUUUUCUUUGAAUGAUCGAAUGAAUUAGCAAGGGAUGUAAUCACAUAAUUGACCUGGAGAUUGGGAAACUCACAUUAUUGUACUCUUGUCUCAGAAUCCUCCAACUAUCCUUUGCUGGAAAAAGAAAUCCUCAUUUUCUCUGCCCUAGUCCAGAUUCAUGUGGUAUGGACUGGAUAUUGUGAUACUCUGCCAGACAAGUCUUGCUGCAAGGCGGGUAUUGUCAUCCCUUCCAAGAACACCCCUAAUAUCAUUUUAGGAAGCCAGAUCAAACUCCCCUGUUCCUGGACAGAGCUCAGAAAAACCCUGAUAGAAAAUUCCUUCCAUUCAUAGCCAUACAGCUAGAGGUGAAAAAUUAUGUCUAGGACACAUGGCUCAGGGCCAAUGAGAAAUAGCAUGGUAUUUCCUCCUCAACCUUGGUCCAUGUAUGGAAGCUAACUAGAUUCCCAGUUGAAUGUCAACAUCUUACUGGUGAUCAUGGCCUGGCAUCCUUAACCAUUAUGUGAAAAAAGAAAAAUCAUGAAAUAUAAGAAGAGCCCAUGUGGCACACCUUGCUCUGUCCUCUUGUAAGGGGGCAAGGGAGCUACAAUUGCCACAUAUUGCCUCUGCUGCCUAAGACAGCUGGCUGGUUCCCUAGAGAUAGAACUGGCCCUGACAUGUUUUGACUGGAAAUGUCUGGCAGGUCAUUAACUUCCCAUAUGCAAGGUAAAGGCAUCUUUCCUCCCCAAUUUUUUUGCCAUGCAUUGAGUGUUUAAAAAUAUGAUUUUAGCAUUGCAAUAAAUCGGGCAGGCAAAGUUCGCAAUUAGAAUCAUAGAAUCAUAAAGUGGGAAGAGACCACAUGGGCCAUCUAGUCCAACUCCUUGCUAUGUAGGAAAAGCACAAUCAAAGAAUCCCUGACAGAUGGUCAUCCAGAUUCUGUUUAAAAGUUUCCAAGGAAGGAUCUUCCACCCACUCCGAGGCAGAGAGUUCCAAUGCGGAACAGUUCUCACAGUGAGGAAAUUCUUCCUAAUGUUCAGGUGGAAUUGUGAUCGAGGUGACCACCCUCCCCUCCAGGACUUUGUAAAAGAUAGUUCAAAAGUCAAGACUUUAUGUUCUAUAUUCCAUAUAUUUAUAGUAGAAGGUGAUUGAGACUUUUUUUACUGGAGUUUACUGUGGAUUAUCCCUGCACUCUGAGGCAAGAGAUAACAACUUCAUGAAUUGUAAAAUCAUGCUGCUAAAACUCCACUUUUAUGAAUUUCCAUAUUGGGUUCCCCAGAUGUUAUGAACUUCGUUCUUAUCAGAUAUUUUCAAUUGUUUAUAUCAUUCAUGAUUCCCCUUUAUGCAAUGUAACUCACUUUUAUGGAUUCUCCCUUAUUUCCAUGAAAUCCAUCUAUCUGCCUAUAUGUAUUUGUACUCUUUAGGAUCCCCGGAAAAUAUGUAUUUUUCCCAGCAGGGUUUAUAUUCCAACUUUAUUUUAUUUUUCAUUUUAUUUCAUAUAAUUGUCAAAUCAUGAAAUCAAAUGGGAAAUAUUUUGACCCCAACAUGAACCCCAGCUCCUAUGACCCAGGCUUCCCCUUCCCAAAAACAAAAGGUGAUUCGCCCCCAAGGCAAACAUUGUCAUAUCUCACCCAAAGGAAAAACCAGGACAUCUCAGGAAGGCGCCCUGCUGGGCCCAUUUCCACCCAUCCUUACUUCCACCUCUGACACCCCAAGGCAUAUCUGAAAUCAGUGUACAUGACAGGGACCCCUGAUUGCUGUCAUUAAUCCCUUUAGAAUCCGGCCGGGCAGGAAUUAAUCUAAUCCUUCCUGCUCAGUCACUUCAUUGUUUCAAUAACUCCCGCCUUCUCCUCUCUGAUUGGCCCGAGUGGGGACAAAAAGCAGCUCCCUAUUGGGCCAGCAGAGCAAGGCGGGAAACGAAAGCCCGCCUCGUUCAACACUCUAGCCUAUCUGCGAUCAGAUGGGCGGGAGAGCGGGGCGGGAAAUUCAAGGGGCUGUCAGACUGAAACAUUGUAUAAAUAUGGCUUUAUUUUGGUUAUAUGGUACGCUAGUAGGCUGAAUGAUCGCUACUAGUGUCCUUUUCAGCUGAAUCGCUCAAUAAAGACUCCUUGGCGGAUUUUCCUUCAA